AUGGCCCCGAACCUGACGUCCGACGACUACUACGAGAACCUGGGCGUCGCCCGGAGCGCGACCGAGGCCGAGAUCAAGGCUGCGUACCGGAAGCUCGCGAUCAAGUACCAUCCCGACAAGAACCUUCUGCACCGCGACGACGCCGAGCGCAAGUUCAAGGUCGUCGGCGAGGCCUACAACAUCCUCUCGGACCCUGCGACGCGCCACACAUAUGACGAGCAUGGCAAGGCCGGGCUCCAAGACGUCUCGCCGCCCAUGACGCGCGAGAUGCUGCUUGCGCUCUUUGAAGACUUUUUCCGCUUUGGCAAGCCCAUGGACGACGACGCGCCCGAUGUCGGGAAGGGCAUUUUGCGGGCGACGGGUGGCAUCGUCUAUGCGCCCGUCAAGGGUGUCAUCUACGGCGGGCGCAGUGUCAUCGGCGGCGUUGUCAUGGGCACGGUCGCGGUCGUCGUCGGUCUCUCGGGCAUGGCUGCCAGCUUUGGCAUGGGCGUCCUCGAGAUGAGCCAGGCAGGCGUCAACGCAGCCAAGAGCAACAAGCGACGCCGGCUCGAGCGCCGCGCGAGCUCGGUCGCGUCGGUCGGCAGCAGUCGUCACGACGUGUCGAUGGCCUCGGAGCUACCACCGCCACCGACGCCAGCCUCCUCCACCGAGGGUCCCGAAGACCACGUGCCGACGUUUCUCGGCGGGCUCAAGAAGGCAACCGUUGGCGCCGUUUCGAUCCCCAUGGCGUCGCUUGUCACGUGCGGUACCAUGAUGGUGGGCGGGACGGCGCUCGCGAGCGGCUACAUUGUCGGCGGGUUUGCCGGCGCCAUCACCAACAUCACAUCGGGCUUUAAAGAAGUGCAACUGGCGAACCGGAAGAAGCUCAUACUUCGCCGCGCGAGCAUGCCAACCGCGCUGCCGUCGCAGCAACCGCCCAGCAGCAAGAAACGGCGAAGGGCGACGAUGAAGGGAACCCGGCGGCACUCUGUCGACACGGCCGCAGCGGUCGUCUAA